AUGGCCUCUUCUUCAAUUGCAUCCAUUCAGAAAAGCUUUACAUAUGGUGUAUUUUUGAGUUUUAGAGGGGAAGACACACGCACCAAUUUCAUCGAUCAUCUUUAUAAUGCUCUUCAGCAGCAAGGCAUUUAUACUUACAAGGAUGACGAGGCAAUUAGAAAAGGGAAAAGGAUCAGUGAUGAGCUCAUCAGUUCCAUUAAAGACUCAAAAUUCUAUAUCAUUGUUUUCUCCAAGACCUAUGCAUCUUCAGCUUGGUGCUUGGAUGAGCUUGCGAUGAUAAUGGAGUGUCACAAGACGACUGAGCAUACUGCAUACCCCAUCUUCUAUGAUGUGGAACCGACAGAGGUCCGGAAUCAAAGCGGGGCAGUCGGAAAAGCUUUUGCUAAACAUGAAACUGAUGAAGCUGCUGGGAAAUGGAAAGAGGUUCUAAAAGAAGCCGCAGAUCUGGCUGGAUGGGAGUUAAAAAACACUGCAAAUGGGCAUGAAGCCAAAUUCAUCAAAAAAAUUAUUGAAGAAAUUUCACUACAGUUACGUUCCAUUGAUUCCAACGCUGAUGAAAAACUAAUAGGCAUGGAGACGAGGGUAGAGGAUGUUGUAUCGUCUUUAGAAAUUGGUACCAAUGAUGUUCGUGUAAUCGGUAUCAAGGGAAUGGGCGGUGGUGGGAAGACAACUUUGGCCAGAGCGGUUUUUGAUCAAAUAUCCUUUCAGUUUGAAGCUAAAAGCUUCGUUGAGAAUGUUAGGGAAAAUUCAAACACUUCUUUGUCUGGCUUGAAAUCGUUGCAAAAUCAAGUCCUUAAAGAUGCCUUAUUUGAUCAAGGCAUCAAUGUGAGUAGUGUUCAUGAUGGGAAAAUCAUGAUGAAGAAGAAGAUGCGUAAUAAAAAGACUCUUCUUGUUCUAGAUGAUGUGGACCAUAUAGACCAGCUUGAGGCAUUAGCUGGUGAUCUUAAUUGGUUCAAACCGGGAAGUAGAAUUAUCAUUACAACAAGAGAUGAGCAGGUGCUCGUGGUACACCGGGUGACGUUGACUCUUUAUGUCAAUUUGUUAUCGAGCAAGGAAGCGAUUGGGCUCUUCAGUAGGCAUGCAUUUGGGGGAGAGAUUCCAAUUCAAGGGUAUGAAGAGCUGUCGGAACAAGUUGUACGGUAUGCUGCUGGUCUUCCCUUAACGAUAAAAGUUUUGGGUUCAUUUCUUUGUGGUAAAAAUAAGAGUGAAUGGAUAGAUGCAUUAGAAAGAUUAAAAACAAUUCCGUUAAAGGAAACUCUUCAGAAAUUGGAAUUAAGCUACAUCAGUUUAGAGGAAGAUUACAAAGAAAUAUUCCUAAAUAUUGCAUGCUUACUGAAAGGGUGGUCGAAAGACUUGGCAAUCGAAGCUCUUGAAAGUUGUGGAUUUCAUGCAACAAAUGGUUUAAGAGUUCUUGAGCAAAAAUGUCUCAUAAGUAUUAAUGAUUAUAAGUGUGUGGAGAUGCAUGACCAUAUUGUAGAAAUGGGCAGAAAUAUUGUUCGUCGUUUACACCCAGAUAAGCCUCAGAAACACAGCCGAUUGUGGAUUGAUGAUGAAAUUAAAGAUAUAUUGGCUAAUGACUUGGGUUCUAAAGCAACAAGAUAUAUAAUACAAGUCAGCUUAGAAGAUAUCAAUUUGGAAAUUGUUAUGAAAGGAAUUAGAAAAAUGAAAGAACUUAGAUUUCUUUAUGUCUGUGGGGAUGAUUUUCUGGAUGAAAAUGAAUGUGCGAAUGUCAGCCAAUAUUUACCAAACAGUUUACGAUAUCUGAGUUGGUAUAAAUACCCUUUCUGUUCUUUACCCGCAACAUUUCAAGCAAAUAAUCUUGUUGCCCUUAAGAUGGAUCGAAGCAAAAUAGUACAACUUUGGGAAGGGGGAGAAAGAAAGGUUCUUAACAAGCUCAAGAUUCUUGACCUCAGUUAUUCAGAGUUGACGACCCUUGAUCUUGGGUCUAGUCCAAAUCUCGAGGUGUUGUCUCUAAGAGGAUGUCGUGACUUGGUACAACUUCACACGCUCAAUGGAUGUCGAAAGCUCAAGUCCAUCGAACUCAGUGAUUCAAAGUUGAAGACAAUCGACCUUCACCCAGCUGUGAACCUCGAGCUCUUACAUCUUAAAUACUGCAAUGCUUUGGUAGAACUUGGCUUACCAAAUGGGUGUCUAAAGCUCAUAUCUAUUAACCUCAGUGGUUCUAAGUUGAAGACCAUUGAUCUUCAUUCAUGUGUGAAUCUCGAGUUGUUAGAUCUUAAACACUGCUGUGCCUUGGUAGAACUUCACAUGCCUGGUAAAUGUCUGAAUCUCAGAUCCCUGACACUCACUAAUUCAAAGUUGAGGACCCUGGACAUUGGGCGGACUCCGAAUCUGGAGGAUUUAGAUCUUAACAAUUCUUAUGAUUUGGAAGACCUUCACAUGGCCGAUAAAUGUCUAAAGCUCACAUCCCUCAACAUUAGUCAUUCAAAGUUGAAAACCCUUGACCUUGGGUUGACUCCAAAUCUGAAGAAGUUAGAUCUAAAAAAAUGUAAGAAUCUGGUACAACUUCAUGUUCCCAUUGGAUGUCUAGAAAAUCUUGUCUACUUGGACUUAAGUGGCUGUUUGAGGUAUACAUCUUUUCUGUUUGACAAAAGGAAUGUUGCUUCUAGUAGAAGGGAUGAAUCACUUGAGAUUGGUCCUUCAGCUGAGUCACAUCUGAUUGCCAAGUCCCUUGAAAGAUGUACACUUCACCCGGACAAUACUUUGCGACAGUUUCAGUUUGAAUGCUUUUACAUGGAUGAUCCCUCAGUGACUACUAAUCUUGAGAAGCUUAUUUCUGAAGGUCCGUGUACUUGCACAAACCUUAAGAUGUUUUCAGGAAGCAAUUGUGGGUUACGGGGUUUAAGAAAUCUUAAACUCAAAGGCUAUCUAGAGGCUCCCAAGGACCUUGACCAGGUAGAAAGUCUAGAAGAGCUAUGUUUUUCUAGGACAAAUAUGAAACAUCUUCCAGAUAGCAUUUGUACGUUGAAACAUCUGGAAAUUCUUCAACUUAAACAUUGUUGGAGUCUUCAGAAGUUACCUGAGGAUCUUGGCCAACUAGAAUGUUUAAAAAGUCUGACUUUGUCAUCUGCAAAGAUUAAACAUCUUCCAGAUAGCAUUUGUAUGUUGAAACAUCUGGUAUGUCUUGAGCUUCGUGCUUGUUCCUUUCUUGAGAAGUUGCCCAAGGAUCUUGGCCAGCUAGAAUGUUUAGAGAAGCUAUAUUUGUCGUAUGCAAAGAUCGAACAUCUUCCAGAUAGCAUCUGUAUGUUGAAACGUCUGAGAACACUGGCUCUUUUUCGUUGUUCUUCCCUUAAGACAUUACCAAUGGAUCUUGGCAAAUUAGAACGUCUGGUAGACCUAUAUCUGUCAUCCUCGAUCGUCAAACAUCUUCCGGAUACCAUUUGUAUGUUGAAAUAUCUGGAGUGUCUCAGACUUGAUGAUUGUAAAUUACUUGAGAAAUUACCGGAGGAUCUUGACCAAUUAGAACAUUUAACGUGGCUAGACCUAGGGAAGUGUACAGGCAUAAGUCGUCUUCCACAUGACAUUUGUUUGUUGAAAGGCCUAAGUAUUUCAGGAUCCAGAGACCUUCUUCAAUCUUCUGGUUUUACAUCCGAGAUAAAAAGCAUAUACUACAAUGAUACCUGCUUCGUAGAUCUGUGA